ACAAAUAUUAUAUCAAAUUAAAUAGUACAAUCCGAACUCUAUCGUGAGCAUAGUAAUUGCUUACAAAAAUCCGUGUUAACGAACGGAUAAUUAUGUGCGUAAUUUUUUUAUAACACUGUGGAUAUUUCAACACCAUAAUAAGGCUGCAUUCGAAAACAUCACCCGUAUGCACUCGGGAACAAAUAAGUGUGAACAAAGAAUAAUAUAGAAAUAAUGCAUUAAUAUUUUUUUGUAUAAAAGUAAAAGUUUCUAACAAAAUUAAGUAAUAGUAACGUAAAUACUUCUUUUAUCCACUACGCCAUAUAGUUUGUUCGAGAGGAAACACAAAAUUUAUUCGAGACGAAAUAAAUAAUGAUGUAUUUUUAGUAUAUUUUGUACAAACAGUUAAUGAUCAACCAGAUUAAAAAAAAAAAUCCCAAAACAGCAGGAAGUCCACAAAGUUUCCAGGAAACAUAUAUAUUCAUUACUCUUACCCUUGGCUGGUUUAUUUAACGCAUUAAGAUUUCUUGACAAACCAGAUAUCAACCUUGAUUAAAUCACGCGAUUUGUGAUUUUUUUAUUCUGCUAUAGGAGAACAACUCCAGUUUGCCUUCUUUCUUUAUGAGAGUGAUGACCAGUCAUCAAAUGGCCAUGGCGUCCUCUUUGUUCAGAGACUUUUCAUCGUUCUCGUCAUCUAUAAAUACGAGCAAUCGGAGACGUUGUAGCGUUCAGUUUUAUACAAAUACUUAUUGGAGAACGAAACGCAUUCAAUAAUUUUUUCCUAAAAUGAUUAAAUUAGCUAUUUGCACAUUUUCCUGCCUUAUUGUGACAUGUAUCGUGUUGGUUGCGCAUGCAGCAGAUGAAAAAUAUUCGACCAAGUAUGAUAACAUCGAUGUCGAUGCAGUGUUGGCUAAUCCUCGCUUGAGGAAUCAAUAUGUCAGCUGUGUAAUGGGCACUUCUGCCUGUAUUACGGGAUCUGCACGCUUCUUAAAAGAAAAAUUUGCAGAAGCAUUUGUUACGAGAUGUAGCAAAUGUACGGAGAAGCAAAUAUACUUUUUUGAUACGGUUACCGAAUGGUUUAUGAAAAAUGAACCUGACACUUUCCAUCGCGUAGUAGAAAUAGCAAUCAAGCAAAGAAAAAAUGCAUAAUUAAUAAGUUACAGUUUUAUCACGAUUAUGACAUGAUCUAACUUAAUUAAAUCUUUUGCAAUAUAGUAUAUUUUUUAAUAAGUUUCGUAAAAUUUUAUGAGAAAUGUAAUUGGCGAAUUGUAACUUUAUGAGACGAAGAUACUUAAGGCAGAGGAACAGC